AUGGGGGGACAAAAAAGUGGGGAGGAGGUAGAGGAGGUAACUAGAGCGAUAGAUAAGCCACUCGGUGGCUCACGUGGGUGGAGUGAUAAGGUGGUCACAGGGAGGGAGGGAAGGUGUGGGUUAGUUGGCCAAGUCCGGAAGCUGAUGGUGGGUGGGAAGGCGAGAGAAAUUCAAGGCACAUUCAAGUCGAUUGGCAAUGUGAGUCUUCAAGAGCAAUCUAGCAAACCGGGAGCUAUUGAGCACCCAUCCUGGAAGGCCGAGGAUACAAGAUGGGAGAAACACGGAACAAAGCAGACGAGGAUGAUGGAAGAUGGAGGGAGAGAGUUCAUGGGGAAAGAAGAGCCACAGCUUUCGGUGGACAGGCGAACCUUAUCGGCAGCUGAUCCCGGAGUGGGUCUUGUCACGGGUCCGACGCAGAUGCGAAACGUAUACAGAUGGAAUAUUGGUGUAAUUAAAGCUAGACUAGAUGGUGCUUCAGACCAGUCAUGGGAUACAUCCAGUUACCCUCAGCCCUAUUCUUCUUCAGGCCGUGGCAGUUCUCACUCUUCAAAUCACCCCCGAGAGAGCCUUGCUCCCAGGGCGACUCAGCAAAUAAACCCUCUUUUUUUAUCGCUCGCUCCAUCCAACGCCGCGCCAGAAGAAUACCGACCAGUGAAAAGGGGGAAAAAAGAAGAAGAAAGAAACACACAACAUGUCAAGCACUAG